AUGGGCUUGCUAGUAGAAGGAACCCCACCUCCGUGGGUCUGGGUCCGCCUCUUGGGACGCCUCCUGCGCUUUGCUGGCGCUUCUCGCUCUCGGGCUCCGGGCGCCCUGGAGCUGCUAAGGUGCCGACUGAGCAGGCAGAAUAACUUGAAGAAAGAAAUGCAAAAAAGAGGGAACAGCAAAGGAAUGAACGUGAACAAAGAACCCUUUUCUGAAACCCAGGUGUAAGAAGCAGUUCCAUGUUUGGUAAGAGCAUGCCACUACUCUGUCACAUGUUGGCUGUCGCUUGUGUUGAAAUCUUAAUUGUCUCCAGCAACUGGAUCCUAGCCAAGAACAUCAACUUCUACAACGUGAGACUUCCAGUUGACCCUACUCCGUAUCCAAGCAGCUUCAAGUGUUUCACGUGUGACAACGUUGUAGAUAAUUACAACUGCAACAGAUGGGCUGAAGAUAAAUGGUGUCCUCAGAACACACAAUACUGUUUAACAGUCCAUCACUUCACCAGCCAUGGAAGGAGCACCUCCGUCACAAAAAAAUGUGCUACCAGAGAAGAAUGCCAUUUUGUUGGUUGUCGUCACCGCAAGGAAACCAGUCAUACGGAAUGCAUCUCCUGCUGCGAAGGGAUGAUCUGUAACGUCGACAUUCCAACAAACCAGACCAAUGCUGUGUUUGCAGUUGUGCAUACGCGGAGGACAUCAGGCGGCAGCAGGCAGACCAUUAGUACCCUGUUGCUAGUCUCGGUCACUGUCAUUUUUAUAUUAUGACAUGACUCUUCGUAUCAGUUGGGAGUCAUUUGUCAACUGGAGCUAUAUGAAGACUAUCUUGGAUGGCAAUGAAGAAAAGAGAGUCCUCAGAAACAUGUUGUGCAAAGAAGAAAAACAUGGAAUAUGGUGCUGGAUCUUUAAAGACUACUACAAAUAUAGUGGACAUGCUUGCCGACUCUUCAGAAAAUCAAAUGGGAUAGACAAUUUGGUCAAUUUGAUUAGUUAAAUGAAAUCUCAAUUUGGGUGAUGGAAGAAUCUAUAUUGUUGGAGUUUACUGGACAAUUGGAAAAGAUUGUUGCAUUUUUCCUCACUAUGUAUCAUAGUUUCCAUUGUCUUCUGAUAUAACUGAUUUUUGUGAGCCAGCAUUGUUCUUAUGCUUGGGGUCAAAGCAAACAUCAGCAGUCCCUCAGUGUGGUGCCUCUCUUUGAUGGGCUGCCACACAGUAGCUUCUAUCAUCUUCAUCUCUCAAAUGAUGGUGCUACUGCUGCCACGAUAGCCACCCCCACAGAACAAGGUUUGUGUGGGAGACAGCAGGAGUCCCAAUAGGUUUGACAACGAUCUCACAUGAGCUCCAGGACUAAUGGGGAGUGGCUAAUCACAGCUUCCUCCAGUAUCAGCCUUACAUGUAAAGACUAAUGGCCCUUCUACACAGGCCCUAAAGCUCGUGAUGGACAAUGGGUUUACCUGAGGCCUCCAAAUGACACCCCAAGUAAACCCGGAUUAAUGAAAAGUAAACUGGGGUUUCUCAGUUUACUCUGCAUUAAUUUGACUCCUACAAGAAUCCAGACCUUAAGGUAAGGUCCAGAUCUUUGCAGGCUUCGGGCCUGUGUGUAUUGACUCCUAAGACUGCUUCUGCAAUCCGAGGUGCCAAUCCCCACAGCCUUUCCGGUUCUUUGGGUUCCUGGAGCCCACCCACCUCCUUCUUCCGCAUUUCAUUUCCCUCCCAAAACUUACCAGAGGGACCUGCGGGCAGUGCGCAAUGAGAAAAUGAUGCGUUGGGGGGUGGGGUGGGAAAAGAGGAGGGAGUUCCCUCUUUCUACCUCCUGACAUGCCAUUUUCUCAUGUCAGGAGGAUUCUUCAGAGGAUCUCUGCUGCUAGCAGGCCCCUCCAGUAAGUGUUUUGGGGAAAUGGGGGAUUGAGGAUGGCUAGAUGCUAUCCUGAGUCAACCUUUGUUUGACCCAGGAUGGUACCUACCCACCCCUCGAGGAAAAGCCAGAGGUUGUGGGAACUGGUGGGGACUGAAACCCGGGAGGAAGUGGGGUUUUUUAACCCGUUUUUUUCCUGGGUUUUAGUGAAGCGUAGAAAGGCCUUAAGCAGCUCACAUUAUGAUUUGUCUUCAAAACACACAAAAUUAGAUAGCAUGGGGUUAAAUGUUCUGUUGAUGUUUUCAUUUUCAAUCAAUACAGAUAGAAAUUGCAUUGUAUUUCUCUUCCUAAACCAGUUGUAAAUGGUGUAAAGGCAAAUUAGUAGGAGAACACAUGUACAUACAAAGCACAGUACACACGGUAUAAUCAGAUCUCCGUAUCUGCAGGGGAUGUGUUCUUUGCUAAACUGCAGUUUUUGACUUUUCAGAUGUUUUGAAUGUCCUCUCCCAUUGGCUCUCUGACCUUUGGCUAAUUUUAAGAGAUUAUGGGAGCUGGUCCAAAUUUUCUGGAAGGCCAAAUGCUUUCUGUCCCUCUUCUAGAGGAGCAUGUGGAAAGGGAUGAAUUUCAGUGAUAGACCAUCUAAUUUACAUGUCAUGUUCAUUGCCAGGGAAUUGGUAAAGUCUCCUGUUUGAAACUCCUGGGUUUUUCCUGCCCAUCAUUAUGCAAAAUCAGAUGGAGCAGUGGCCUACUGCAAUAUAAGGCACCUUCCCAUUUCCCUACAUAAUUAUAUUCAGUCAAUUUAGAUACCGUUUAGAUAUACCUGCGAAUGCAUUUUGGUUUAAGAAAACCUUGGUAUGCAAUUAUAUUUAAGCCAUAAUGCACUAGCAGGUAUAUACCAUGAAGUUUCUAUUUUAAUAUUGUAGACCAGCUUUUUAAACCGUAGUUUUCUGUCCUCUUUGAACUAAACUAGCAUGGUAAGAGACGUCCUCUCUUGAAAUAGAAGGAUCUAAGCCCGUUGUUGUGGUUCCUGGUCUGCCAAGACUCCUGUAGACUUCUGUGAGGGUUUUCUGGCCAAGACAAGGUGAAUUUUCACUCCGAGAGGCCUCUAGCAAUAGCCAUUCAUCUUUAAAAGAAGUCACAGUAUACCUACCCACAUACCACAACACUGUUCACCACAAAAUAUGUCUAUUUUUCACCCAUAAGUGGACUUCAGAUCAUUCUCUUUGUCUUUGGCAAUUCAAAUAGUUCUUGGAGCAAAAGAGUGGCCAUCUAGAGCCCUUAACCCAAAGCCUUUGGAAGCAGCUUUUUUUUUUGGUUACAUUAAACUGUGAGCACAAAAGAGAGAGAAGGGAAAUAUGGAAAGUUCUUGUGCAUAAAACACAGUUGUGCUACCAUUUGCAUGUGUCAGAGAAAACCACUGGAUAUUGAGAACAGCAUCUGUGAACAUAAGGAGUUAUUGAAAGCCAUAAAGUUGUUGAAAAAGACUUUGGUCCACUUGAGAUUUUGAAGUAUAUACAGACUAUCUUGUGCUGUUCUUUUUAAAUUGUUUUGCUGUAUGUGUAAAAAUAAAAGAUUAGCAAUAUUAUACAGUGGAAACAAAGGAAAUAAGGCAGGUCGUCUAGGUCAUUCUUCAGUGCAAAAUUGUUUCCUGUUGUAAACAUUGCAGGCAGCCCUUCAUAGGAGUGUUUUUCUUUUGGAAGGAGCAGCUUUAUUCAAUCACCUUGUGUAUGUUGAAGGUUUUUUUUUUAAACAAUGUCCAAUAUCCAUAGUUCCAAGUGUUAAUAUUGGGAAAUCUGGGGUUCAUUUACAUUGUAGAAAGAAUGCCAUUUGCCACUACUUUAACUGCCAUGGCUCAAUGCUAUGGAAUCCCAAGAUUGGUAGUUUGACAACAUCUGGAGUCUACUCUUCUAAACACUACUGGUGUUUCACCAAACUACAAAUGCCAUGCUUCCAUAGCAUUGACCCAUUGCAGUUCAAGUGGUGUCAAAUGGCAUUAAUUCUAAGAUGUAGAUCAGCGUUUCUCAACCUAGAGGUCGAGACCCGGGGGGGGGGGGUUGCGAGGGGUUUUCAGAAGGGUCGCCAAAGACCAUCAGAAAACACAUAUUUUUGAUGGUCUUAGGAACCCCUUUAACAGAGAAGCCUGAAUAUUUCUUUGCCUGCCCUUCUCUUCCUAUUUGGAAACAAACAGCAAAUCCUCCAACCAAAAGCCCAAUUUGCCCAAUUCUAUUGUUGGUGGGGUUCAAGGGGCUCUUUGAUUGUAGGUGAACUAUACAUCCCAGCAACUACAACUCCCAAAUGUCAAGGUUUUAUUUCUCUCAGACUUCACCAGUGUUCACAUUUUGGGCAUAUUGAGUAUUUGUGCCAAGUUUGGUCCAGAUCCAUCAUUGUUUGAGUCCACAGUGCUCUCUGGACAUAGGUGAACUACAACUACACAACACAAGGUCAGUGUCCACCAAACCCUUCCAGUAUUUUCUGUUGGUCAUGGGAGUUCUGUGUGCCAAGUUUGGUUCAAUUCCAUUGUUGGUGGAGUUCAGAAUGCUUUUUGAUUGUAGGUUAACUACAAGUCCAAAAUGACAAAAUCAAUCCCCGCCCCAACCCCACCAGUAUUCAGAUUUGGAUGUAUUGGUAUUUGUGCCAAAUACUCCCUGCAUAUCAGAUAUUUACAUUAUGAUUCCUAACAGUAGCAAACUUACAGUUAUGAAGUAGCAACAAAAAUAAUUUUAUGUUUGGAGGUCACCACAACAUGAGGAACUGUAUUAAGGGGUCGUGGCAUUAGAAAGGUUGAGAACCACUGAUGUAGAUGCACCCCUAGCCUCAGGUAAGCCUGGCUUAUUGACCUGCAGGCAGGUCAGUGUGUAUGCGUUAGCCCUCUUUUUUUACUCAAUGGGACCUACCUCACAGGGCUGUUGUGAGGAUGCAAAAAAAUAAAAUACCUAAGAAACA